GUGCGUUUAUGUAAUCAACAGCUGAUUGCUGAUUAGAAGUGUACAAUAUUUUUGUACUUGUUGAAAGAGAAUUGUAGAAGCAAUUUUUUUUAUUACCCCCCAAAGUGCCUGUUACCCGUUUGUUUUUUAUCCAGUUAAAAUGUCAAUAAGUUUACGUUUCGUCUCAAAAUCCCUCACCAACUUGUUGCCACGUUGUGUUGCUGCAGCCGUACCACAACACACCAGAGGAGCGGCAUACUAUCCAGUCAACGACAAAUUCUACGGCCUGAAUGAGGAACAACAGAAAUUGCGUGAGAUCGCUUUCAAUUUCUUUCAAAAAGAAUUGGCACCAUACGCCAAGGAAAUCGACAAGAAUGACAAUUUCAAAGAUCUGCGCGCAUUUUGGCAGAAAAUGGGCGAAUUGGGCUUCCUAGGCAUCACAGCUGAGUCGGAUUUCGGCGGCACCGGUGGCACUUACCUCGAUCAUUGUAUUAUCAUGGAGGAGAUUUCCAGAGCUGCCGGCGGCGUAGCGCUCUCCUACGGUGCGCACUCCAAUCUCUGCGUGAAUCAGCUCACGAAAAAUGGCACACAGGAACAAAAGGAAAAAUAUCUGCCUAAAUUGUGCAGUGGCGAGCAUAUGGGUGGUUUGGCCAUGUCCGAGCCAGGUUCCGGCUCCGAUGUGGUCUCGAUGAAGUUGCGCGCUGAGAAAAAGGGUGACUACUAUGUGCUCAAUGGCAGUAAAUUCUGGAUUACCAACGGCUCAGAUGCAGAUACGCUGAUUGUAUAUGCCAAGACGAAUAGCGGUGUUGCGGACAAACAUGCCAUUACGGCAUUUAUCGUGGAGACGGCGUGGGAAGGUUUCAGUGUGGCACAGAAACUCGAUAAAUUGGGCAUGCGUGGCAGCAGCACGUGCGAAUUGGUCUUCCAGGAUCUCAAAGUGCCGGCUAAGAAUAUUUUGGGUCAAGAGAAUAAGGGCGUCUACGUGUUGAUGUCUGGUUUGGAUUAUGAACGCCUAGUGUUGGCCGCCGGCCCAGUGGGUCUUAUGCAAGCUGCCAUCGAUGUCUCCUUCGACUAUGCGCAUCAACGCAAACAAAAGGGUCAACUCAUUGGCGAAUUCCAACUGAUGCAGGGCAAAAUGGCCGAUAUGUAUACCACUUUGAGCGCCUGCCGUUCGUACCUAUAUGCUGUGGCGCGUUCUGCCGACUGCGGUGAGCGCAGUUCAAAGGAUUGUGCUGGUGUCAUUCUGUACUGUGCUGAGAAGGCCACACAAGUGGCGUUGGAUGCCUUACAAAUACUUGGUGGUAAUGGUUACAUCAAUGAAUAUCCGACCGGUCGCAUAUUGCGUGAUGCUAAAUUGUAUGAGAUCGGUGCUGGCACCUCGGAGAUUCGUCGUUGGUUGAUCGGUCGCCAGUUGAAUCAGGAAUACAAGUAAACGUUGCGGUGAAUUUGCGGUUGUGAUUUGUGCCUUUUGGAAAACGUAUCUAAGAUAUAUUAACGAACAGACUAUUUGUUGCAUUUAUUUUGUACGCGUGUACAGUUACAUAUAUUGUAUGUGUGAAUAAUAUACUAUUCUCCAAUAAACUUAUUUCUUUAUAUAUUAAAUAUA